AUGGAUGCUGUAAGUUAAUGAAGUCCUAUUAAUGUAGACAAAGUGGUCCAGGUAUACACCUCCAGCCACGAUGAAAUGUCGCUGAAUGAACAACAACUGUUGGCCAUCUCAAUCACCGAGCGCGUUUGCUCGUCUGUGUCGCUGAUCAGUGCUAGUAUUGCCGUGCUGACCUUUCUAUCACGGAGCGCCUUUCGAAAUCCCGUGAAUCGUCUGAUCUUCUACGCAUUGUGGGGGAAUAUGCUGCUUAACAUAGCGACUCUCAUGUCGCGAUCGGGACUACAACAUGGGACAGGGAGUCCCUUGUGUCAAUUCCAGGCAUUUCUACUCCAGUGGUUCUUCCCAGCGGAUGCAUUAUGGGCCCUCUGCAUAGCAAGCAACGUCUACUUGAGAUUCUUCUACGGGUACAACUCCGAACAGCUGCGACAGCUGGAGUGGAGAUACGUGCUCCUCUGCUACUUUCUGCCCUUUAUCCCAGCCUUUACCCUCCUUUUCAUCCAAACCCUAGACAGAGGGAAGGUUUAUGGCUCUGCGGUUCUUUACUGUUCGAUUUCUGUGCCUUGGAAAACGCUGCGGAUUGCAAUUAUUUAUGGUCCAGUCUGGCUUACCAUCAUCGUCACAUUUACCAUCUAUCUUCGCCUGGGUCUGUAUAUUUAUUUCCAGCUCAAACAGCUCCGAGCGGUGGAGAUGAGUGGUGAUUGGGCAGAGCAUGUAAACCGCAUAGCUGAUCCUUCUGUCACCGAGUUACAGGCGAUGGAACCUACGGUAUCCCAGCAGCACAGCCAGGCAGAUCAAAGCGGAACCCUUACACAACAGGCUGUCUCUGCACAUUCGAUCAAUAGUCAUUCGGGUGCUAGUGGGUCUGCUAGAGCAAGCUCUCAUUCAACCAUGGCGGCUUGGGCGUAUACGAGAUACGCUUUUCUUUUUUUUCUCGCGUUGCUUGUCACAUGGGUCCCCUCUUCGAUCAAUCGCCUAUCCACAACUAUUAAUCCCAAUUAUGUAUCAUUCGGUUUAAACUAUGCAGCGGCUUUUGUUAUUCCCCUACAAGGAUUCUGGAAUAGUCUCAUCUAUAUCACUAUCUCCCGACGGGAGUUCAAAGCUCUUUUCGGACAAUUCUGUGACAGCCUUGCGCUAAGAAGAAGAACGAGAAUGGCCUUCCUCGUUACCUAGAGAGUAGGUGGUGCCUAGCAUCGAUGGGUUGACUGGAUGAGAAUGCAAGGUGAAUACCACUCCGAAUACUCAAAACCGAUUACUCUGUUAAGGUUAUCGAAUACAAGCAUUCGGGAAGUGGGAUAUCGACAGUUAAGUGGAUGGAUUUGUUGCGGAAGAGGGUAAGUUGUGGACCGCAAAGACAUGGUGCCUCGCCACAUAUAAGGCAUUACCAAGGCCCCUCUACUCACGGUAUCGAGGUGUUGGUUAUCUUAGACUCGGAACCAGACGACUAAGUCAUGGACGACCAGCAUGCACUAUGCAAAGAGUCCGCCGUUGAUAGCGAAGACCUACAGCUGCCGGAUCCAUUCGAGGCUGAGAGGGCUACUACGGAGGGGCGAAAGGAAUAAAAAUUAUCUGUCUAAGAUCUUAGAUUUGGUAGACUAUAUGCCUA